AUGGGAAUUCUACCAUUAAAAUCGGAAAUUCAGUCAAUUUUCCAAGAUUCUACAUUGGAAUUCUAUCUAAAUGGAACAAGGAUAAACCUCCAUAACCCAAAUCCUCAAUGGACACUUUUAGAUUUUAUCAGGUCCCAGGAUGAUCUCAAGGGUACAAAGCUUGGAUGUGGUGAAGGAGGAUGCGGAGCGUGUACUGUUGUGCUUCAAACUUUUAAUAAGUCUUCCGAAGGCCAAAAGAUAAAGCACGUUGCCGUGAACGCUUGUCUGUUCCCUUUAAUAGGAGUCGUUGGGAAGCAUGUCAUCACUAUCGAAGGCAUCGGAAAUACAGAAAAUCCUCACCCCUUGCAAGAACGUAUAGCAAAACUACACGGGUCGCAAUGUGGCUUUUGUACUCCUGGUAUUGUCAUGUCAUUGUAUGCCUUGAUCAGAAACUCCUACGAUCCUCUGUCAAAGUCAUUUCAACUAUCUGCUAAUGAUGUAGAGUUGGAAGGUCAUCUGGAUGGUAACCUUUGUAGAUGUACCGGAUAUAAACCUAUUUUACAGGCUGCGAGAACUUUCAUCACUGAUGACCUCAAAGGAAAGCUGACCAUUCCCAAGUCAGAUAAUGUCGAUGAAGGUACUUCUGAGGCAGAUCUUCCUAAUAUUCCAUUACAUUCGUACCUUGAUCCCGUCGAUGCAGGGAAUGGUGCUUCUUGUGGGAGAAUUGGUGGCUGUUGUAAAGAUUCACCAAACAGUGGUUCAUGCGGAUCUCGAACCAGUUCUCCAGGAGACUCUUCAGAGGAGAGCCCCACCCGUUCUUCUCAAAGCUCCGCGAGCUCGAACAAUGAUAAAACUAUUACUCAUGAUAGCUCGAGCCUUUCUAAUCCGAAAGAUAUUCAACAUUCCUUUAUUCCUUACCAAGCUCAGACCGAACUCAUAUUUCCACCAGCUCUCCAUAACUUUACCAAAAAGCCGUUGUAUUAUGGAAAUGACACAAAUGCCUGGCUCUUACCAACAACUCUUCAACAACUUCUUCUAAUAAAAGAAUCAUAUCCCACAGCUAAGCUUGUAUGCGGAGCUAGCGAAACUCAGGUUGAAGUCCGAUUCAAAUACUCUUCGUUCCCAGUCUCAGUUUAUGUUUCGGAUAUUGAGGAGCUUCGAGAUAUCAAUAUUCCAGAUGAUGAUGAGCAUCUUCAAUCGUGUUCAGAAAUUGUCUUUGGCGCAAAUGCUUCCCUGACUGAUGUAGAGGAUACUUGCCGAAAGCUCUCUCGAAGACUUGGUGAGAGAGGUUCGGUUUUCGAGGCAGUAAGAAAGCAACUCCGUUACUUCGCCGGAAGACAAAUUCGCAAUGUUGCUUCUUUUGCAGGAAAUAUUGUUACUGCUUCUCCUAUUUCUGACAUCAAUCCUGUGCUCAUGGCAGCGGGUGCUAUCUUGACAAUUCGAAGCAAAUCUCAGGGAAUUAAAGAUUUACCCAUGUCCGACUUCUUCGUAUCAUAUCGUACGACGAAGCUUCCAAUCGAUGCGGUGAUAGUUGAUGUUCGAGUUUCCUUGCCACCACCGAAUGAGAAAGAAAUCACCAAAGCAUAUAAGCAAGCCAAGAGGAAAGAUGAUGAUAUUGCAAUUGUUACGGCCGCCUUUCGUGUGCGACUUGACAAGGAUGGUAUCGUCUCAGAAGUAUCAUUAGUCUAUGGUGGAAUGGCACCAACAACCAUCAUGGCCCCCCAAACUAUGAAGUGCUUGCUUGGCAAUAAAUGGUACAGUUCCACCACUCUUAAUGAAUCUAUGAAGAGCUUAGCCGAAGAAUUCGAUUUGAAAUACGACGUUCCUGGUGGAAUGGCAUCAUACCGUCGAACACUGGCUAUAUCUUUAUUCUUCAGAUUCUGGCAUGAAGUCGUUUCGGACUUUGGAUUGGGAAAGGUGGAUCCUGAUCUCAUCAAUGAAAUACAUCGAGAGAUUUCCUCGGGUACUAGAGAUAACCAUAACCCGUAUGAGCAACGUGUUGUAGGAAAACAAAUACCACAUCUAUCGGCCCUCAAACAGACAACAGGAGAAGCAGAAUACAUAGACGAUAUGCCUAGACAGCAUCGAGAAUUAUUCGGUGCUAUGGUUUUAUCUAGUCGUGCGCAUGCAAAAUUAUUGAAGGUAGAUUGGGCGCCUGCGAUUGAAUCAGGACUUGCUCUAGGCUACGUCGAUAUUAAUGAUAUUCCAAUAGAUGUGAAUCUAUGGGGAUCAAUUGUAAAAGAUGAACCAUUAUUUGCGGACGGGAAAGUGUUUUCUCAUGGUCAGCCUAUAGGUUUAGUUUUUGCAGAAACCGCUCUACAAGCACAAGCCGCUGCUAGAGCCGUUCGAAUUGAGUACGAAGAUCUUCCCGUCAUAUUGACUAUUGAUGAAGCAAUCAAGGCAGAUAGCUAUUUUCCUUAUGGAAAGAUGUUAAAGAAAGGAGCUGCGAUCGAAGACAAAAUGAACGACAUUUGGGCAUCUUGCGACAAGAUAUUCAAAGGCACUACUAGGAUAGGCGGCCAGGAACACUUCUACCUUGAAACCAACGCCGCAAUGGUGAUUCCGAAUAAGGAAGAUGGAACAUAUGAAGUGUGGUCUUCAACGCAGAAUAGCAUGGAAACCCAAGAAUUCGUAGCUCAAGUAACCGGCGUACCCAGCUCUCGUGUCAAUGCUCGAGUGAAACGCAUGGGAGGAGCUUUUGGUGGUAAAGAAUCCCGCAGCGUUCAACUUGCAUGUCUCCUUGCUGUCGCAGCUAAGAAAACCAAACGUCCAAUUCGAUGCAUGUUAAAUCGAGACGAAGAUAUGAUGACAAGUGGACAACGUCAUCCUAUACAAGCUCGUUGGAAGGUUGGCGUCCAAUCCAAUGGGAAGCUGAUUGCACUUGAAGCGGAUAUAUAUAACAAUGCUGGAUUUUCACAAGAUAUGUCGGCUGCAGUGAUGGGACGAUGUUUGACGCACUUUGAAAAUUGUUACGAAAUUCCUAACGUCUUGUUACGGGGUUAUGUGUGCAAAACGAAUACCCAUAGUAACACAGCAUUUCGUGGGUUUGGGGGGCCGCAAGCUAUGUUUUUUGCUGAAACAUACAUGACUGCCAUUUCCGAAGGACUAAACAUACCCAUCGAUGAACUCCGACUUAUGAAUCUCUAUAAACAAGGAGAUCAUACACCCUUCCUCCAAACUAUUAAUCAAGACUGGAAUGUCCCGCUCCUCUUAGAAAAAAUCAAGCACGAAACACAGUACUCCCAACGUCUUCUUGAGAUUGAGAAAUACAACAAAGAACAUAAGUAUCGCAAGCGAGGUAUAUCACUUCUUCCAACCAAAUUCGGUCUUUCUUUUGCCACAGCCCUUCAUCUGAAUCAAGCGUCCGCGUCCCUGAAAAUAUACGCCGAUGGUUCUGUUCUUCUUAACCACGGAGGCACAGAAAUGGGUCAAGGUUUAUACACUAAAAUGACUCAAAUUUGUGCGCAAGAACUGGGUGUUCCAGUAUCAUCAGUCUUCACUCAAGAUACGUCAAGUUACCAGACCGCAAAUGCAAGUCCUACUGCUGCGAGCUCUGGGAGUGAUUUGAAUGGAAUGGCAAUUAUGGAUGCUUGCAAACAGUUAAAUGAACGCUUAGCGCCGUAUCGAGAGAGGUUGGGAAAGGACACGAGUAUGAAAGACUUGGCACACGCGGCAUACAGAGACCGAGUUCAUCUAAGUGCGAGCGGAUUUUGGAAGAUGCCAAGGAUUGGAUACGAAUGGGGAGUCUAUGAUAAAGAAAAGGUCAAGGAUAUGUACUAUUACUUUACUCAAGGAGUUGCUGCUACUGAGGUUGAAUUCGAUGUACUCACGGGUCAUCAUACGAUUUUGAGGACAGAUAUCUUAAUGGAUAUCGGGAGAUCCAUUAACCCAGCAAUUGACUAUGGUCAGAUUGAGGGGGCUUAUGUACAGGGAUUGGGUUUGUUUACCAUGGAAGAAAGUCUGUGGACAAAGGAGGGACAGUUGUUUACGAAAGGUCCGGGUACUUACAAGAUACCUGGGUUUGCGGAUAUUCCACAGAUUUUCAAUGUUUCCUUCCUUAAAGAUGAGGAAGGAAAAAAAAAAAUGUGGCAGGGGUUGAAAAGUGUACAGAGUAGUAAAGGGGUGGGUGAACCACCCUUGUUUUUGGGGGCAGGGGUAUUCUUUGCCUUGAGAAUGGCUGUGGGGAGUGCGAGAGAAGAUAAUGGAUUGGGAAUGAGUUCUGAAGAGGGAAAACGAGGAUGGAAUUUGGAUAGUCCGGCUACAGUAGAAAAAUUGAGAAUGGCGGUUGGUGAUGAGAUUAGUAAGAUGGGGAAGGUGGAGAGAAUGGAGGGGCAGAGUAACUUCUUCGUCACUGUUGCUUGA